AGCAGCUGAUUUGGACCUUGGGAAGCAAGUCCACUGUGCUGUGGCUAAAUUAGGUUUUGACUCGGAUCUGGUUGUUGAGAAUGCAUUGCUUGAUAUCUAUGCGAAGUGUUGGAGAACGGAUGAUUCGCUCGCGCUUUUCAGGAGCACGAGAAAUCGGAAUGUGGUGUCAUGGAACACCAUCAUUGUAGCACGUGGGCAAGGAGAAGACUCUAUCUUAGCAUUCCGGAUGAUAAACCAGAUGGUGAGUGACAAUAUAAUGCCAGAUACAACGACAAUGUAAGUUGUAUUGCCGUAUGUUCCUUGCUAGCUGCCAAACGGCAAGGCAAAGAAAUUCGUGCUUCAGUAUGAAGUUAGGCUUUAAAUCAAACGUUUCAAUUGGGAACACACUGGUUGAAAUGUACUCCAAGUGUGGUAAAUGGUAAUCUAAGUUAUGCAGUUAAAGUUUUUCAGCACAUGAAAGCAAAGGAUGUUGUCACCUGGAUUUCGUUUGAUCUCAGCAUGUGGGAUGCACGGUGAAGGAAAGAAAGCACUGAGAUUUUUCACGGAAAUGAAAAAAGAUCAUGUAGCUCCUGAUCAUUUGUAGCCAUCCUCUAUGCAUGUAGCCAUUCAGGUUUGGUAAAUGAGGGUCUCGCUUGUUUUUACCAGAUAGAGAAGGAUUAUGACAUUGAGCCAAGAAUUGAACAUUAUGCUUGUGUCGUUGAUCUUCUGUCUCGAUCUGGGAAGUCAUCUAGAGCCGAACUCUUCAUCAGUUCUAUGCCAGUGAAGCCAGACGCAAGCAUAUGGGGAGCUUUACUCGGUGCCUGCAGAGCAUGUGGAGAAACAAAGAUUGCGGAACGUUUGUCACAGCAUAUUAUGGAAUUAGAAUUGGAUGAUCCUGGCUAUUAUGUUCUAGCAUCCAAUGUUGUUGCUGGUUUUGGUAAGCGGGGUCAGGUAAAAGUUAUACGAAAAUCCAAAGAAGCCCAAGGACUGAAAAAUGAGCUGGGCCAUAGUUGGAAUGAUACCAGAAACAAGGUUUUUGCAUUUGGAUCUGCUGAUAAGUACUCUGAACAUUACCAAGAGAUUAGCAACUUAUUAGAGGAACUUGGUAGUUUGAUGUCGAAAGAAAGGUAUGCUGCUAAUGUGCAAUAUGCUUGCAUGACAUUGAGGAGAAUGAAAAGAGAAGACUGGCUUUGUGGGCAUUGUGAGAGGUUUGCCAUAGCUUUUAGGCUAUUGAAGACGGAUCCAGGGAUCCACUUACAGAGAUGUGUCAUAUAGUUGUGGAGACUACUGGUAGGGCUGCUGGAUAUUUGUUUCUUUUCACCUUUGAAGACUGUUGUAGUAUUUCGAGGACUAAAGCAGUUUCUUUCAUGGGGUGAUUAUACUUCAGAUCAUUUUCUUAAGAUAAGCAUUGCUACUUAUGUAGGACUACAUCAUUGCUCAUUAAUGACAAUUCAUGCUAUUCCAGUCUAAGACCUUGCUGACUAUAAAAUUCUACUCUUGGUAUAUUUGCCAGAACUAUCAGAUUUCAUGCUUCCCCAGCAACUAGAUUCGACAAGUGCAUUAAAGCUGCAUGAAUGGGCAAUGGAAUGCAGAAGCAGAGAAGUGGUUUGAAGCAUGAAGAAGACACAGCUACUGAUGAUAUCCAUCCAUCCUGCAAAUCCACCCAGCGGGAGCUUUUCCCCUUUAGCUCAUUUUGCAGCCAGAAAGUUAAGGUUUUUCAAGGACCUUGAUCUGCCAAGCAAGUCUAUUCAGCUUUUAAUAAGACAAAUGUAAAAGAAUGGAAAGGUCAGAUACUUCUCACUCGCUAUUCAGAAAGUACACCUCAGUUCUACUUCACACACAAGAAAUUCAGCGUCAUUUCAAAUGCAUUUGAGGGGCAAUAGCAUAUGGGCACCUCUUCCACACCUUCCUAAAAGUUAAAACGCCAAGAAGGGGGAGGAAGAAAGAAAAGAGAAAUGGCAGCUUCAGGUUCUCUGUUCAGCAUAGCCAAAUCUGUCCUCGAGAAAUUGUUACCACUGCUUCAACAGGAGUUAGCACUUGCCUGGAGCCUGGGAUCCGAGCUAGAGAAGCUGAAGGGUACAGUGACUGCCAUUCAGGCAGUUCUGCUAGAUGCAGAGGAGCAGCAGGAACACAGUCAUCAAGUCAGAGACUGGCUCGAGAAGCUGACUGUAGUGCUGUAUGAUGCUGAGGACCUACUUGAUGAUUUCGCCGUAGAGGUCGAAAGGGGUCGGCUUGGUGGUAAUUCAGAUGACUGCAGAAUUCGCUGCUGGACCGUGGUAUGCUUCCUUUACUCCCUUCCAAACCGUUUGAUUUAUGGUCUUAGAAUGGCUCACAAGGUUAAGGCUCUGAGAGAGCAAUUGGAUGUCAUAUGCAACGAUAACGCCAAAUUGCAUCUGAGUCCUCGUUUUGACGAGACAUGGAAAAUGAGGAAGCAUAGCCACACUAUUUCGUCCAUACCCGACAUAGUUGUUGGUAGAGAAGAUGAUGUGAGACACAUUAAGAAGCUUCUUCUGUCUGGUGAUAAUGAUGGUAGUGGGAAUGUUGUUUCCAUACAUGGAAUUGGUGGGAUGGGGAAGACAAUGCUUGCUCAGCUCAUUUUCAAUGAUAAGGAAGUGAGGGAGGAGUUUAAGUUGAGGUUGUGGGUCUGUGUCUCAGAGUCUUUUGAGGUCAAGUCAAUUGUUCAAAAGAUUCUAGAGUCCAUCACUGGGGAAAAACAAGAUGAUCUGGAACUCAAUACGUUGAAAGAUCACUUGGUGGGGCAUAUUGAAGGGAAAAAGUAUCUUCUUGUACUGGACGAUAUGUGGAACUUCGAUCCACAGAAAUGGCAAGUGAUCAGAUCUGUGCUCAAGUGUGGCGCUAGUGGAAGCAAGAUCUUGGUCACUACGAGGUUCCAAAAUUUUGCAAAAAUGAUGAGUCGCAGCUCUAGUGCUCCACCUUAUGCUCUGAGUGGUCUAUCACCCCAUCAAUCUUGGUCACUGUUUAGGCAAGUCGUGUUUGAUCAAGAGGAGAAGGAAUCAACGAUUAGCGUUGCGGAUUUUAACGUGGAAGAGAUUAAACAGGAGAUCAUUAAAAAGUCUGCAGGGGUUCCUUUAGCCGUAAGAACAAUAGGAACCUUGCUGUAUUUUAAAGAUCGUCGAACUGAGUGGUUGCCUUAUCUUAGGUCGAAUAAACUCUUAGAUGCGGGACAUAAGAAUAGCAUGCUACACAACCUGAAGCAGAGCUACGACUAUCUUCCAUCACAUUUGAAGCAUUGUUUUGCAAUUUGUAGCUUAUUACCUAAGGACCACACUAUAAUUGUCGGAUCGUUGAUCCAGCUUUGGAUUUCUCUGGGGCUUAUCAAGUCAUCAUCACCUACUAUUGAUUCCAAACAAAGUUUACUUGAUACAGGUCUGGAGUGGUUUAUGGACCUCGCAUGGAGGUCUUUCUUCCAAGAAAUCAGACCAGGCCCUUCGAUCCCCAUAUCUACCUGUAAAAUGCACGAUCUAAUCCACGAUCUUGCAGUCUCAGUAGCUGGGUCUAACUGCAAGCUAAUAACUGGCCCUAUGGAUGGAGUCAAUGAAAAGACUUACCAUGUCUCCUUGUCACAUAGUUCUUGGUGCCCUUCGGAGAUGGUAGGUCUACUUGGGAGUGCCACACGACUGCGGACAUUUUCUGUGUAUUGUAACCCGUGGUAUGAGUCAGGCACAAGUUGGGAUGAGUCAACUUUCAAAUCUUUCGUGUCCAAAUUUGGAAGCCUACGCAUUCUCGAGUUCCCAAAUUGUGGGAUGGAGAUGGUGCCCCAAGACAUUCAGAAACUAAAACAUCUUAGGCAUCUCGACCUCUCGUACAAUGACAAGAUUACCAAGCUACCAAACUCUAUCACGAUGCUUCACAACUUGGAAGUGCUCUUACUCAACGAGUGCAAAAACCUGCUGGAGCUGCCAAGAAAUAUCAACAAGCUUGUGAAUCUAUGGUGCCUUGAUUGCCAAAAUUGUUUUGCUCUAACUCACAUGCCACCCCAGUUGGGGGAACUGACUGCUCUCCAAACAAUGACCCUUUUCGUGGUGGGCAAAGAGAAGCAUAUGGGUGAGCUGAACGAGCUAGCCAGGCUAUCGAACUUGAGAGGCUUUCUCCAAAUUGUAAACCUGAAAAGCCUUCUUCGCUCAGUGAUACUUUCAUCACCAGUACCACCACCACCAUCGAUUGCAUAUGAGAUUGGUGUAAAAGCAAACUUGAAACAGAAGCACCAUCUUGAGCAGCUGGUCUUGGAGUGGACCGGUGGUGACUAUGACAAAGAAAAAGAAGAACUGGACGAACACCUAGAGAGAUCAACAUCCCAAGAUGUCGGUCAAUGGGAUGAAAGUUUAAUAGAAAGCCUUCAACCUCACUUGAACCUGAGACUCUUGUCAGUGCGUGGGUACACAGGCGAGAGAUCUCCUAGUUGGAUUUCAUCUCUAACUAACUUGGUUGCUCUUCAGCUGGCUUGUUGCAAAGUGCGUUAUGGUUUGCACCAUUUGGAAGGAUUGCCAAUGCUUAAAAGGAUCGUCUUUAGGAAAUUGAUCAUGUUGGAGUACAUAGACGAAGAUGAAGAUAAUGGACAAAUAAGACCAUUAUUCUUCCCUUCCCUGGAGGAACUCUAUGUGAGUGUUUGCCCCAAACUAAAGGGAUGGAAAAGGAAGCCAGUAACAACCCAAUUUCCCAACCUUUCUACACUGUGCAUACUGCAAUGCCCUCUGCUUACCUCAGUGCCAUUGUUCCCAACACUUGAUAAGAAGUUGAUGUUGGUGAACACCAGCCUGGAACCUUUAUUGCAGACAAUGCUAAUGAACAUGUCUAGCUCCUCCUCGACUAGUUAUGGUUCCCAGUUCCCGGCUUUGUCUAAACUGAAGAAGUUGCAUAUCAAGCAAAUUCAUAAUCCUCCGAGAAGGUGGCUGCAGGGGAUGCAGCACUUAAUUUCUUUGCAGAAGAUUGAGAUCGAGGAUUGUUCAGGACUAGAGAAGACUUCGGAUUGGCAUGAAAUCACUCAUGUUCCAAACAUCACUAUUGAUGGCUACUACAUUAACGAAGAUGGGCAGUCUUUGUGGGAUGAAAAUGAGUGGAACAACUUUCCUUGGAUACUGAAGUUGAUAUCGAAGGCAUGAUGGCAGAAAGAUUCAAGUGAGCAUGAUUUCAUUUGUAAGAGGUUUUAUGCUCUUAAGAUUGAAGUUGGGACGACUAAACAGAAGGCAAACCAAUUAGAUAUCCCCAACAUUCUAUGAUCCAUACAUACACCAGGUGUUCUGCCUAUAAAGGCUUGGUAAUAGAAUGUGUGAAGUCCUUUUUCAACAGAUCCACGGCAGGAACUUUCUCACCUUCAGCUCUUACUGAAGCCAGAAAGUAAAGGUGUUCCAAGUAGCUUGAUCCAUGAUGCAAUUUCAGUGUUUGCAUUGCAAAUUGUUCAUGUGUGUCCUGAAAUUUCCUGGUGGAGUUUCAUUGCUGUGGAAAACCAGUUCCAAUGGCUCACUUUAUUCUUUCAUCCUCAGCUAUCAGGGUCUUUACGCCAUCUCUACCAGCAACUCGAGAACCAAACCGCACGACGUUUUCCGGCACGAAAGCCUCCCCCUGUUGCAAUAAGAUGAUCAGAACAGAACCAGGUGAGAAAGAGGCUUGAAAAGUUGCAUGCAAUGUAACGGGGUCUGGUGGCAGAAGAGAACACGAGAACCUUCCCAACACCAACAAGGCAACAACUGAUAUUUCCUGCUCAUUCUUAUUCCCUUCAGCAAACAUGCAAAGGUCAAGCAUCCCUCUUGAGCCGUUAUCAAACUCGGUGAUCACAUAUGCAUUGUCGUUAACAUCAGGUACCUGAACCGAUGGCAAACUUGUAGACAGAUGGUAACUGUUCAGAAACUAAUCCAUAGUUGCUUCAGACGCAAGAAAUGCAGAGCUCAUGUUACAAAUGUGUUCAUUUUGCUCUAAAGCUUUCAUUUCUAUUGAACAGAGGUUCAAAUGCUCAAUCUGGCUGGAAAUAACUUUGGAAGACCCAAAUGUGACCUGCUGAAUGUUGACCUUCCCAUGAUCCCAUCAUAGAAACUUGUGAAUGGAAAGUUAGUGUCCACAAACUUCUCCUUUGUUGCUUGACACACAAGAAAUGCAAACCUCAUGCUACAGAUCUAAUCGUUCUGUUCUAAAGUAGUCGGUUUUAUUGAAGACAGCUUCGAAUACUCAAUUUGGCUGGAGAUAACAGGGAAGACCCGAAAUGUAUGUAGCAGCUGAAACUAUACCUUCCUGUCAUAGAUUUCAUCCUUGUAGUUAACAUCAAUACCGCCAGAAGCCAUGACCCGAACAGGAUUCGCUCCAGCAAACAGCCUCAUGAGAUCAAAGAAGUGGCAGCAUUUCUCCACCAGAGUUCCCCCUGUGUUGGCAUUACACCUGUUCCAGUUAUGAACCUAGUAACAAGCAUCAAGAGGAAGAAGAACAAAUCAACUUCAGCAAAACACAGCAAUACUUGGAAAAACGAACCAUUAACUAGCUUUCAGUUUCAUUAUCUUUCACCUUGACCAGAAAUGGAAGCCUGUCGUCCUUUAUUGACACCAUUUUCUCAUAUCAUAGAGAUCCACCUUUGACGAUCUGGAUCAGCUUCGCGACUGGAGGCAUGUAUCGGUACUCUCAUCCGACUUGGACUAGCAUGUCUGGUCUCUUCUUGGCUGCAUCCACAACCUAAGAGGUCGACGAAGAAGUGCAAUAAGUUAGUGGAGAAGAAGAGGAACAAAAUAGCC